AUGCAACAAGUUCGCUCGGAUGUUGUUGAUCAAGUAACAAUCGAGGAAAAUGUACUUGGAGAUUAUUUCAAUUCAAAAGCAACACUAUUUCAAACAUCGAUUAAUGCAUUUUAUGAAGAAAUUGCGAAAGGGAAGCCUGGCUUAUGCAAUGCUAUUAUAAGUAAAUUUAAUACAUAUCGUGCUGGUCUGCAAAAGAAGUAUUUGUCGAUCGAUGAUGAUGCAACGAGUAUGUUCAGUUAUUGUGAAAAGGGUUCGAAAGUAGAUGGACAACCGACCAUUGUAUUUGUUCAUGGACUUUCAUCGAAUAAAGAAACAUGGCUACCAAUUGUUAAAAAUAUUCCAAGCAAUUAUCAUUGUAUUACAGUAGACUUACCUGCCCAUGGAGAAACAAUUGCUGAUGAGCAAUGUGAAACUGAUCGAAUUAAACAUUUACGUCAGGGAAAUUAUGAAGCACUUCUUCCAGAAACAACAGAACAACUCUGUGAUAUGAUAAAUUCUUUAACGGUAAAAUCAAUCAAUUUACCUAGGCCGUUUCUCAAUGGAUUUCUUAAUUUACGACUUCAAUUACUUGAAGAACAUAAGAACGUCCUAAGGUCGCUCCUCGAAUACGACUAUCCGUAUCUUGCUCAUCGAUAUCAACAGCUCAAUCAAAUAACUUGCCCAGCAUUGAUUUUAUGGGGUCGUGAAGACCGACUGUAUACUGUUGAUGGUGCACAAUACUUUUCAAAAUUAAUACCAAAAUCAGAAGUGAUUAUUUUCGAUGAUUGUGGUCAUUUCAUGGCUAUUGAUAAACCUGAUGAAGUGGCAGACAGUAUUGUAGCUUUUUUAAAUCGACAUUCGAAUGGUCAGGUAUCAGUGACGGUAUCGAUGGGUGGAUGGAUAUGA